CCGUGUAGAAAUGGUCGAUUGUACAGCAGAUGUGUGGCGCACCGUCUAACAGAUAGUUUCAGCAUAAAUUUGGAGAAGGCCUCCACAAAGCUUUUUUCGCACUCGCCAUGACCAAUGGAGAUGGAGAUGACACAGGCAUUUUGCUACGGGAUGUGGAUUUGGGUGACCUCUCCCACUUGGCUCAGGACUUAGACGAGCAAUUGGUUUGGCGCCGGAACGCACCACUGCUGUACGACCUCUACGGCCAGUGCGACUUGGAAUGGCCUGGGCAGACGGUGGCUUGGCUCGCUGACGUGGAGGGCGAGUUGACCAAGCUGGCGCUGGGGACCCGAACCAACGAGACCGAGCCCAGCAAAGUCUACGUUUUAGAGCUCACUUGUGCAGUUCAGAACUGCGCCAAUGAUUCACCCUGGACUAGCUGGACUGUGGAGCAGGUUGGGAUAAUGAAUGGCUUUGGCCUAAAGCCCAUUCAAGGAGAUGCUCCCUUACGCUUAGCAGCGGAGAUGACCAUCGAGUCUGAUGUGAAUCGAAUUGCCGCUUGCCCCUCGCAGGCUUCGAUGAUUGCGGUGAAGGGCAGUUGUGGAAGUGUGUGGCUUUGUGACCUUAAGAAGCCGGACCAGCCCAUCGAGUGUAAACUGGGUGAGCAUCAAAGGCCCAUUGAGGGCUUUGCCUUAGCGUGGAGCCACGGGCAAGGUGAAUUUUUGGCCAGUGGAGGUAAUGACGGAUGGCUUCACACAUGGGAUGUGUCGAAGGCCUGUCCCUCAAAGCCCCUGUGGUCAACCCUUGCCCACUCAGGUGCUUUGAAUGAUGCAUGCUAUUCACCUCAUGGCCAUCAGUUUGCCACAGUGGGAGACGAUAACAUUGUUGCACUUUGGGAUCAUCGUUCGCAGGCAAAGACACUGAGCUUUCGAACCAGUGCCGAGCCUUUGAGUGUCGAUUGGAACCCACACGAUCCGCACUUACUUCUGACUGGCCUGAAGGAUGGCCUUGUUCACAUUUGGGACCUUCGACAUGUAGGGCCACACGCUCCCAUGAAGUCAUUGAAAGGCCACGAGGAUGAGGUCCUACAAGUGCGAUGGUGUCCAAGAGGGGAUGGAGACAUGGGAGGAACUCCCAGAAAGCACCUGCUCGGUUCAGCCUCGGGCGACAGCAAGGUGAUUGUGUGGAAUUUAUCCUCGAGCACUCGAGUUGAGGAGGAGGACACCGAUCCAGAAGCGUUGUUCGUCCAUAGUGGACAUCAAGGGGGUGUGAAUGACUUUGGAUGGGGCUUUUUGGAUGAUUUCCUGUUCUGCUCCGUGGGGGAGGACCAUUUGCUGCAACUCUGGCAACCAGGUGCAAACAUUGUGGAGGAAGACACGGAGGAUGGGCUUGAGGAGACUCCGGCCAAGCGGCCUCGGACUGCUGAGACUCUCGGGGAGUCGUAGGACGAACGAGCCCGCCAUGCUGAGAAAAAGA